AUGCACCGAGUGGGAGGAGAGGAACGAACAACCAGGGCGCAGCGCGGUACGGCCGGCACGCCCCUGCGGAACGCACGGCCGCGGAAACGGCACCGCGCCGAGAGCGACGGGCAGCCCGCCGCACGCGCAAGGCCUGCUCUUCCGGAGCAGCGGCGUUACGCAGCCCCUUCCCUCAGCCGCCCCACCUCGCGUGCGGGCACCGCAGCACCCUCCUCUCUCUCCUUUGUUACAGUUCCUGGACCGUGUGAUCCUGAAGACCUAAUUGAUGGAAUCAUUUUUGCUGCCAACUACCUUGGUUCAACUCAGCUCCUGUCUGAUAAAACUCCCUCCAAGAAUGUGAGAAUGAUGCAGGCUCAGGAAGCUGUCAGCAGAAUCAAGAUGGCCCAGAAAUUAGCCAAAAGCAGGAAGAAGGCUCCAGAAGGGGAAUCUCAGCCCAUGACUGAAGUGGACCUCUUCAUUUCUACGCAAAGAAUUAAAGUACUGAAUGCAGACACACAGGAAACCAUGAUGGAUCAUCCCCUGCGGACCAUUUCUUACAUCGCAGAUAUAGGGAAUAUAGUUGUUCUAAUGGCUCGUAGGAGAAUGCCACGGUCUAACUCCCAGGAUAAUGUGGAAGCAUCUCACCCUUCCCAGGAUGGAAAGAGACAGUACAAAAUGAUUUGCCAUGUCUUUGAGUCUGAGGAUGCACAGCUGAUUGCACAGUCCAUAGGUCAAGCCUUUAGUGUAGCAUACCAGGAGUUUCUGAGGGCGAAUGGAAUCAAUCCCGAAGAUCUUAGCCAGAAGGAAUAUAGUGACUUGCUCAACACCCAGGACAUGUACAAUGAUGACCUCAUUCACUUCUCCAAAUCUGAAAACUGCAAAGAUGUAUGUCUGAAAAGACAAAAAGGAGAAAUCCUAGGUGUAGUAAUUGUGGAGUCUGGCUGGGGAUCCAUUUUGCCUACAGUUAUCAUAGCCAAUAUGAUGCAUGGGGGACCAGCAGAGAAGUCUGGAAAGCUGAAUAUAGGGGACCAGAUCAUGUCAAUCAACGGGACCAGUCUGGUUGGCUUACCUCUCUCAACAUGUCAGAGCAUUAUAAAGGGUUUGAAAAACCAGGCUCGGGUUAAACUGAACAUAGUCAGGUGUCCUCCAGUAACCACUGUCUUGAUCAGAAGACCAGACCUCAGAUAUCAGUUGGGCUUCAGUGUGCAAAAUGGGAUUAUUUGCAGCCUUAUGAGAGGCGGUAUAGCAGAGCGAGGAGGUGUGCGUGUUGGCCAUCGCAUCAUUGAAAUCAAUGGACAGAGUGUGGUAGCAACACCCCAUGAGAAAAUUGUUCACAUUCUCUCAAACGCUGUUGGUGAGAUUCAUAUGAAGACUAUGCCAGCUGCCAUGUACAGACUGCUGACUGCACAAGAGCAACCAGUUUACAUCUAAAGCUGACACUCACCGUCACAAUGUGCAUGGAGGAUGUUUUUCCUCAAUAGUGCUUGUCACUCUAGUGCUGCAUUUAUGUGUCUGCAGAGAUGUUUAUUUCUUUAUUUCACUCACAAGUGUACUGUCUCUCUCUCCUCUCUUCUCUCCACCUAUUUUCCUAUAUUUAGGGAAGGGGCAAAAUAUAUCUACAGGACUGUUUUGGUUGCAUCUCUUUUCAAGUGAAACUAAGUGCAGUUCCACAUGCAAAACAGGAAAAUAACAGCAGCAUUCUUCACAGCAGGAUUCACA